AUGCAGUUCCUCGGAAAGAGUUUACAGCGCCUCAAAAAGUCCUCGCAACGCAGCCAGCGUGAAAAGUACCGUGGGCUUGUUGACGCUGAACGCGAUGCAGCAAUAAUACAUGAGGAAGAACGCCAGCAGCAAUACCAGCAAAAAGGCGCUCCAUUGAAGUCUAUUUGGGAGACGAGCAACUUGGAGGAGUUUCUUCUUAUUGCGGAUGCACGCGAAAAGGGGUAUGAGGCGGCACGCGAUCUCCGUGUUGUGGUUGACGGUACCCCACAUGUCGUGACAAGCGACAAGGUCAUGCCAAUGAGCAAUGACCGUGUGGACUGGCUCAAACUUAGCGAGCUGCUGACAAUACCGCGCCGACCCAAGUGGGACUAUGGCAUGUCCGCAGCGGAGAUACAGGCACUGGAGACGUUGGCGUUUUUUGAGUGGCGGCGAUGCCUGUCGAAGAUGGAGGAGGAACACAAAGUUGUCAUGACGCCGUACGAGAAGAACUUGGAGGUAUGGCGGCAGCUGUGGCGCGUCGUGGAGCGGGCCGAUGUGGUGCUGAUGAUCCUUGACGCCCGCAACCCGCUCGUGUUCCGAUGCGCCGACUUUGAGGAAUACGUGCGGGGCACCUGUAGUGCCGCAGGGAGAUCAAAGGAAAUUAUCUUUUUGCUGAACAAGUCCGACCUUCUCACGGAGAGUCAACGCAGCGCAUGGGCGACGUACUUCACGGAGCGCGGGGAACCGUUCAUAUUUUUCUCCGCCACCCCCGCCGCGAAGGCGACCUCAGCAACGACGGGGGAGACUGAUGACGACAGCGCCACUGACCACUACAACCACAACGAGGAGGAGGGAGAGGAGGAGGAGGAUGAACAUGUGGACGAUGUCGAGGGUACUCGCGUGGAUGACGGCAUCACUCUCAAACUGCCGCCCCAUCACAAUCGGAAACGGCGGCACAACAAAAAGUCUUUGCGAGCCCCGGUGGAAGUGGCAAACCCGUACGAGCUCGUUGAUCAGCGGCAGGCGGAGAAGGCACGUCGGGGCCACGCAAAGCAGAACACGUGCAAGGUGGCGCCACCGACUAAAAAUGAAAAGGCGCGUGAUGCGCGGGUGUCGCAGUUACAGGAGCUGCUGCCAUGGGCCAUCUUGGACCCUGUGCAGUUGCUGGACCGCCUCGCUCUCUGGCGUACCACCUACGGCAUCAAGGACGCGAACACACCGCUGAUGGUUGGCCUUGUCGGCUACCCCAACGUCGGGAAGUCGUCAACGAUCAACGCGAUUCUUGGAUGCAAGAAAGUUGUGGUCAGUGCGACACCCGGCAAAACAAAGCACUUUCAAACACUUGUCAUUCCCGACGAGCGCCGUGUCGCCUUGUGUGAUUGCCCUGGCCUUGUCUUCCCAUCGUUUGCUUCCACACGGGAGCAGAUGGUGUGCGACGGCAUUCUCCCAAUCGACACAGCCACAGAUGUCUUGUCGGCUGUCAACGUACUGUGUCGCCGUAUCCCGUGUCAGGUGCUGCAGAAACAUUUUAAUGUCUCGCUGCGGCCCGAGGAAGACGUAGACAACAGUCACUCCCUGGCGGAGCGCUUCCUAAAUGCGGUGGCACGUCGACGUGGGUACUUGGGGGCGCAUGACAGACCGAACAUGUCUCGCGCCGCCCGGGACGUGCUGAAGCUGUACGUAGAUGGUGUUAUUCUGUACGCUGAGCCCCCGCCCGGCUAUACGGCCCCCCACACUGAUCCUGCCGUAGUCGGUGCAGCAGCUGCGGCUGACGAUGGAUAUGGAUAUGAAGACGAGACAUACUCUGACGCCUGGGAGGAUGUUGGGGGCGACAGCUGCGACGCCGAUGGCGAAGACUGGGACAAUCUCGACAGCGCGGCAGACGCCCGUGCCCUAAGCGAGGACGGCGAUGCGCCCAGGGAUAUUUAUGCGCACAAGCUCGCCGACGAGGGCGAGGAAGAGGAGGUGAAUAAGGCAGCAUUGCCGAUGUUUUACUCGCGGCCGAAUCGCAUGCGUGGGGUCCUCACCCCGCAGGAGGCGUUCAAUGUGGAGGCCAACAUGAACCGCAUAAAAGCACUGACCGGCCUCGUGCCUCGGCGGAAGAAGCGCACCAACCACCAGCUCGACCCCGUCACGGACACCUUCGUGAACAACGAGGGCGAGAUGGAACUCGUCAUCGACGACGACGACGGAAUCAUUGAGCUUGUCGCGGGCGCCUCACCACCGAUCGCGCACGAGCGCCAGCUCCAUCAACAAAGACAACACGUGCAGAAGCAGCGGAGUAAGCGCCAGAUUCGUCGUGAGCUAAAGCGGCUGGGUUCGGGGCCAGUUAACCCCACUUCCCGUAAGCUAGGAGUGCAGGGCUACUAG